CGGCUAGUCUCCAAACGAGCCCGGAGACGAAGAACUCUCGAUCUUUUCUUCAGCUCUAUCUCUCUCUCUCUCUGAAACAUACGCAAUCGCAAACCCUCUGUCUCCCUGUGGAAUCGAAGAUGGGGAGGAGUAGCUCAACGCGGGUGAUCACUCUGUUCUUCAUCGUCUUCUCUCUCUUAAUCUCAUCUGCCUACUCCUUCUAUCUCCCCGGUGUCGCUCCUCGCGAUUUUCAAAGGGGUGAUGCCCUUCAAGUUAAAGUGAACAAGCUGUCAUCUACAAAGACACAACUUCCAUAUGACUACUAUUACUUGAACUACUGUAAACCUUCCAAAAUUAUGAACAAUGCUGAAAAUUUGGGGGAGGUUCUUCGAGGAGACCGCAUAGAGAAUUCCGUUUAUACUUUCAAUAUGAGGGAGGAGCAGCCAUGCAAAGUAGCUUGUCGAGUUACACUUGAUGCUGAAUCGGCAAAGAAUUUCAAGGAAAAAAUUGAUGACGAAUAUAGAGUGAACAUGAUUCUAGAUAACCUUCCAGUUGCUGUUCUAAGACAAAGGAGGGAUGGCAGUCCGUCAACCACUUAUGAACAUGGUUUCCGUGUGGGGUUCAAAGGAAAUUAUGCAGGGAGCAAAGAGGAGAAGUAUUUUAUAAAUAAUCACUUGAGCUUUAAAGUCAAGUAUCACAAGGAUCCUGAGACUGAUUCUGCCAGAAUUGUUGGCUUCGAGGUUACCCCAAACAGUCUUAAUCAUGAGUACAAGGAGUGGGAUGACAAGAAUCCUCAGUUGACAACAUGCAACCAGAACACCAAAAAUAUAAUUCAAGGUAGCACUGUUCCACAGGAAGUUGAUACAAAUAAGGAGGUUGUUUUUACAUACGAUGUUUCUUUCAAGGAAAGUGACCUGAAAUGGGCAUCACGUUGGGACACUUACCUUCUCAUGAAUGAUGACCAAAUACAUUGGUUCUCCAUCAUAAACUCUCUUAUGAUUGUCCUGUUCCUUUCGGGUAUGGUUGCCAUGAUUAUGAUGAGAACUCUGUACAGAGAUAUUGCAAACUAUAAUCAAUUGGAAACACAGGACGAAGCUCAGGAAGAAACAGGAUGGAAACUUCUCCACGGAGAUGUUUUUAGGGCACCAAUUAAUUCUGGUUUACUCUGCGUUUAUGUUGGGACUGGUGUGCAGAUCUUUGGGAUGACACUUGUAACCAUGAUUUUCGCAGUUCUUGGUUUCCUAUCACCUUCCAACCGAGGUGCGCUUACGACUGCGAUGGUUCUCUUAUGGGUCUUCAUGGGCUUAUUUGCUGGCUACACCUCGGCACGUCUGUACAAAAUGUUCAAGGGCACUGAAUGGAAGAGGGAUACUUUAAAAACUGCUGUUAUGUUUCCGGGUAUUUUGUUUGGCUUCUUCUUUGUGCUGAAUGCCCUAAUCUGGGGGGAGAAAUCUUCUGGAGCUGUUCCAUUUGGGACUAUGUUUGCUCUUGUGUGCUUGUGGUUUGGCAUAUCCGUACCCUUGGUGUUUGUGGGCAGUUACUGGGGUUUUAAAAAACCAGUCAUUGAAGACCCAGUAAAGACUAACAAAAUCCCAAGGCAGAUACCGGAGCAAACCUGGUACAUGAAACCUGUCUUCUCUAUACUGAUUGGAGGCAUUCUUCCAUUUGGGGCUGUUUUCAUCGAGCUAUUCUUCAUCCUCACAUCCAUAUGGCUGAACCAGUUCUAUUACAUCUUUGGCUUCCUUUUCAUAGUUUUCGUUAUCCUUUUAAUCACUUGCGCUGAGAUAUCGAUCGUGCUCUGCUAUUUCCAACUCUGCAGCGAAGACUACCAUUGGUGGUGGAGGGCUUACCUGACAGCUGGUUCCUCCGCUUUGUACCUUUUCCUUUACUCAAUCUUCUACUUCUUCACUAAGUUGGAGAUCACAAAGCUGGUUUCGGGUAUCCUCUACUUCGGCUAUAUGUUAAUUAUCGCAUAUUCCUUCUUUGUCUUGACGGGUACAAUUGGCUUCUACGCUUGCUUUGUGUUUGUGCGGAAGAUCUACUCCUCUGUGAAGAUUGACUGAAAGGGCUCAUGUAAGGGUAUCAAUGACAUAAUGUGUUGCAAGAAGCUUUGUAUCUAGAUGUAGUUCACCUGAAAGGAAAGCAGUAAGAAGUAUAUCUCCACUGUUCUCGGAUAAGGGCUAUUAUGGCCAGGACAGUUUUCCCACCCUCACCAAAACCUUUUUUUGUUUUAAUUUUGCUGAUGGUAGGUGUAGGACUCGGCUUGUAUGUUAUUAUUGCCUUUUAUAUUUUGUUUACAUCAGUAUUAAUUGUUAUGAUUUGUAAUUUUAGCAUUAUCUUGCUAGAAGGCUUUUUUUUAACAGAAGUUUCACAUCAUC